GGCUCAGUGGUGUUGCCAGCGUGGGCAUUGCAGGGGGUGGCAGUGGUGGGAUGGUGGGGGUGGUGUCCAUGGGGGGUGACAGUGUCCCGUGUGGGGCUGCUCUCCCCACCAGCACCGUUCUCUUCCCGCAGGACACGGGGUCACUGGACACAGCAGUGCAGGGUGCCCUCCAGGCCCUCUACCCACCCUUCGAGGCCACGGCCCCCACAGUUCUGGGCCAGGUGUUCCGGCUGCUGGAGACCAGCUACCAGGGUGAUGGGCUCUGCUGCCUGCUCCAGUUCCUCAUCCCAGCCAAGCGCCUCUUCGAGCACGUGCGGCAGGCAGCCUGUGCUCCCUACUUUAACUGCAUCUUUCUCCAUGAAGGAUGGCCCUUGUGUCUUCGUGAGAAAGUGGUCGUCCACCUGGCACCACUCAACCCCCUCCUGCUGCGCCCCGGGGAUUUCUACCUGCAGGCAGAGCCCUGCCAGGAGCACUCCGCCCGCAUCACCGUCAAGCACCUCUCCUGUGACCUGCGCACGGUGGAGGAGACGCCGGUGCCCGAGGCUGCCUACGCCCUGCUCUUCACCAACGAGUGGCUGGAGGAGAUCAAUGUUGACCGGGCUGGGGACCCCCUGCACACCUGCCUGGUGGCCACUGAGAACGGCAUCGCCCCUCUGCCAUGGAGCAAGAUCGCCACGCCAGAGUUCAUCGAGAAGCCCAAGGCUGGAGCUGAUGUGGUUUCUGCAGGGGAUCAGCAUGGCUCUGCUCCUGAAUCCACCACCAGGCCUGCAGCAUGCAGUAUUCCCACGUCCCGUGGCACAGUGGACACCCCAGCACCCUACAGCAACGUUGCAGGCACCAUCCCGGGCUGCAAGGUCAGGUCUUGGAAGUCGAGCCAGGGAAGGUACCCAGGACUGAUCAAGGUGGACCAGGCUGGCCUGAGGAAGCAGCCGUCCCCCCUGGCCAUGCCCAGCCUCUGCGAGAUCAUCAGCCAGAACCUGGAGGGGGAGUACGUGGACCUGCGGGAGCUCUCCCAGGAGCAGCUUGAGCUCCUGGCCAGGUCCCUGCCACCCACCUGCCUGCCGGGUCCCACCAGUGCCAGGGCCGGGGCAACAGUCCCCUGGACAAAUGGGGAGCUGGUAACAGGCACCAGGCAUGGCGGGGGGACACUGAGCUUGGAGGAAGGUCCCUGCACACCCUGCCAGGGGACAAAGCUGAGCCAGGAGCCACAUGGCCCACGGUGCCGCCACCGGGACUCCUACCUGGCUGCCCUGCAGAACCCGGUGAGCUUCGGGCCCGGGCUGAUGGCAGCCAUCCUGGAGGAGCCAGACAGCCCCAGCCCCGAGCUGCCCUCCACUGCCCCCCGUCAGACCCCAGCACCACGCAGGAGGGGGGCCGGCAGCCCCCUACCCCUCACCCAGCACCCCCACCCCACCAGUCCCGAGGCAGUGGCACGGCAGGGCAGCUCCCGGCUACCCCCGGGCUCCAGCCACAAGUUCUCCUUCCUGAAGGGGCCACGGCUGGGGGCAGCCCCCAGGGAUGAAAGGGCCACCAGCCAGCACGAAGGGGCCUGGAAGAAGGUGUCAGCCAUCUACUCGCCCCGCAUGGGCAGGGCCAAACCAGGAGGGAAAGGUACAGAUACGGCAGCUGCUGCCACCUUGGAGGAACAGACCCCAAAAAGCACGGGCUGCAAGAACGGUACCUCCACGCUGGGAGGUUCCACUGUGAACGCUGUCCGGGAGCCGCCGGGCUGGCAGGAGCUGCACAUGGGGCUGCUGCGCUCGGGCAUCGUCUGCCUGCCAGGCAGCUCAGACAGACUGGGCAGGACCCUCCUGCAGGUGACCACCAGUGGCAGUGCCUGGGGUGCCAAGUGGUGCUCAGCCACAGAACUGGCCAGACUCAUCCUCUACCUCUGCUCCCUUCCCAGGGGUGAAGCCAAGGAUGGUGGGUUCACUGUCCUGGUGGAUGCCAGGAAGCAGCCACCUGCUCCUGUCCUGUUCUCAGCCCUACGCUCUGUCCAGAGCAUCUCACGAGGGUGCAUCCACACCGUGCUGCUGCUGGCUGAGAAGGAGCUGGUCACCCCCCGUGAGAGGCUGCCUGGGGUGCAGGUGGAGACCCUGGCAUCGCUGAAGGCUCUGGGCCGCCACAUCGACAGCUCGCAGCUGACCCUGGAGCUUGAGGGCACCUUCCCCUACUGCCACGGCGAGUGGGUUCAAUUCUUCCAGAAACUCCAUCCCUUCACGGCUGGACUCAGGCGGGCGUCGGAGCUCCUGCGGAGCUGCAUCCAGGAGCUGCGGAGUGCCGGCACGCUGGCGGGGACACAGGACGUGUCCGCCUGCAUCGGGAGGCAGCGGGAGCUGAUGCAGCGGGUGCUGAGCGACCCGCAGCUGGUGCAGGUGCAGCGUGAGGGGGGAGCGGUGCUGGCCAGGCUGCGCAGGGAGGCAGCCCGCCUCGGACCCUCGCCCGGAGUCAGGACCAGCAUGGAUUCGGCCGAGGGGCUGUACAGCCAGCUGGAGGAAGAGCUUCACGACCUGGUGUCCCAGUCCAACAGCUGCCUGGAACGUCUGGAGUUCCUCCAAAAGAUCCGGGAGCUUGAGGCUGAGUUUGGUAAGCUGGGGGGCUGGCUGGAUGGAGAGGCAGCAGUGCAACUGCAGGAGAUGGGCACCAAGGAGCAGAGCCUCAAGAGUGUCCAGGGCUCCGAGGAGCACUUUAACGAGUUCCUCAUCCAGGCAAUGGCUCAGUACUGGCGUGGCCUGGCCCUGUGUCAGGAGGCGGCCGAGGUGCAGGACGCAGCUUUCCCCGAGGCAGAUCCCUUCCAGAAGGCUGCAGCCCUGUUCAGGAGGAAGCUGCUGAGGUUCCUGGGGCAGGUGGAGCGGCGGAGGGCGGAGCGGGAGCUGCUGCGGGAGCUCGGACGCUUCUCCAGCAAGGUGUCAGGGCUGAAGGUGGGCAGCAGGCAGUGCUCGGGCCGGGGGCCGUGCGGGGAGGGUCAGGCACUGCAGUGCCUGCAGAGCUCCUUCCAAACGCUGUCGGUGGAGCUGGCCCUGGAGAAGCUGCAGGAGAUGGAGGCUCAGGUGUGCAGGAUGCAGAGCAGCCAAGAGCUGGCAGCCUGGACCCAGGCACGGCACAGCUACCACGAGAGCAGACAGAUCCUGGAGGAGAUGCUGGCAGAGCUGCAGGAGGCCUGGGGAGCACAAGCUGAUGAGCCAGGUGCUGCCCCAUUGUGUCACUCUGCUGUGCCUCAAGGGACCGCCCCAUCUCCUGGCACACAAGGUUCUACUGCAGAAGCCACCCAGUACUUCCAGGUUUCCAGUCAGAGCAGUUUCUCCUCUGAAGAUUCAGACUCACAGAACUCCACUGAAGAUGCCCCAGCAGCAAGCCUGGCUUUGCCCCAGGACCUCCAGGGUCCCAGGCAACCUUGCCUCUCUGAAAAGCCCUCCCAGAUUGUUUACCUGGAGAACCACCACACCAAUAGUCCAGCUAAAGCAAACACCAAGUAAAAACAGUCCCUUCCCAUGGGGGCUGUUUCUGUGCAGUUGUGGAAGCCUCGAUCAACAACCAAAUGGGACAUCCUAUGCUUGGAUGUGGGAUACUGGGACCCAUUGCCCAACCCUCAGUCCCACAGUCCUUCAGUUCCCUGUGCUUAGCCAUGUUGGUCAAUAAUCUCCUGCGUGUCCUCCUCACCUCAAGUGCCUUUGUCCCUGCACACGCCAGGUUUCCCUCAGGACAACCUUGAGGGUUCCCCACAGCCAUGCUCAGUGCAUCCCAUGGGAGCACAGACCUGCCCCCCACCACACUCCCCUGCUGCUGGGUGGUUUUACCAUCCCCUGCAUGGCAACAACAGGCAGUUUGUUCACGUGCAUUCAUUAACGUGGAACUA